AUGAGAAAUGCUUGUCGCUUCUUAAACUAUGCAGGGAAGGCGGGGUCGAGUUCGUCGGUUCUCCGCACCGACUUCUUACACGUGGUCGACAACGAAAUGAAGAAACCCCAUGACAAAGUGGGUCGGAACUGCUUCAUAUGGCUAACCAUGGCCAUAUGCAAUUGUUUAGCUCAGCCAGCCGAGGAACUGAGCCCUCCUGUGCUCGACACCAGCGGUCAGCCUCUUGAAACUGGUGUUGAAUAUUACAUACUUCCUGGUAUAACUGAUGUUGCAGGUGGUUUAACCUUAGUCAGCCGGAAUGAAUUGUGCCCACUCUACGUUGGUCUGAGACGCUUGACAAGUGAGGAAUCAGAUGGCACUAAAGUCAUCUUCACUCCAUACGCUUCCGGAGAGACCAUCAUCAGGGAAUCGAGGGACUUGAGUGUGGAAUUUCAAGCACUCACUAUUUGUAUCCAGUCUACUGCCUGGAGAGUAGGGGAGGAGGAUUCAGAAACAGCCAGGCGAUUCAUCUUGACAGGAGGAGAAAAAUCGUACUUCAGGAUUGACAAUAAUGGAGGUGUCUACAAUUUCUCAUGGUGUCCUACUGAAUCCUGUCCAACUUGUGACAGGCCAAGGUGUGGAUCUGCUGGCAUUUUGAUCGAGAAUGACAAAAGAUUGUUGGCCUUGGAUGGUCCUGCUGCAUUUCCUUUU